AUGAUUCCUUGUUUAUUGUCGGUGAUCUUUGGAACAAUAUCCACUAUGAUAAUAGGGUUUUAUUGGUAUUCAAUACUAUUUCACGACCGUUAUUUGAAGGAAGCCAACAUCAAACUAGAAAAAGAUCAUGAGUAAAAGGAUGAAAGCAGUUAGCCCUUAAUUUUGGAAUUAUUGGCAAGAUUUCUAUAAGCAUCCCUAAUUACAUACCUCUACAGCAUUCUCAAGAUAAAAAACGAAAGAGAUUUGGGAUUGGCGCUAUCAUUGGCAGUGUUUUUUUGUGUCAGUUUUUAAGUGUAAUAUUUCACAUCAAAAGUUGUUUGGGAAUAGAAGACUUGGAAUUACUUUUUUAUGAAAGUGACAGAGUAAUUCAUAUCACUUUCCACUCUUUCCACAAUAACAUACAUUUUUGUACCAUGA